CACUCGUAUGUACUCUCUUCCCUUUCUCGCUCUCACGAGACUUCCUACGCCUCGCCGAACUUUACACUCGUGCACCGCAUUUCUGGUUACACAUGUUCUCGCCGCGCGGAUUGCAGUUCGCAAACGCCAGCCGAUCUAUCGUGCUAAAACUAUCGUUGCCGGGCCUCCACGUCUUCGCAAGAGCAUCUGAUUCUACUGUUCGGACCUCUGAACCGCCAAAUGCGAAGUAUUUUAGUUAGUUGUGGACUAGUAGUAUUUUAGAGUAUCGUGUGACAAUGACGAUGACGAUGGACGUGGCGAUCAAGUGCUUCGACUCCUUGCAUUCGUCUCAGACAAGCACGUUCGAAAGUUUGGAGUCUCUAUACCAAUAUCACAAGCCCAGGUUGAUCAGUUUGAUUUUUCUGGUGCUCUUAAUAACGACGGCGAUCGUGAGUGUCUGCGUCCAGCGUUUUGACUAUUCAGACAUAGUCCGGUUUUCAAGAUUGUGGUUUUACUGUUUCGGUAACGGUUUACUGUACGACGAUUCUUGGGUGGACAACGACGACGACGACGACGAAGACGAGUUCAUGCAUCGAGUUGCUGAAUGGUCUAACCAACUUUCAUUUGGUGUUCGUUGUUCGGUAACGAACAAAUCAAUGUGACUUAUAAUGAAUCUUUCAAUACGUAUUGUAUUCUACAUUUGUGAAUGUCGUUUAACAGAUACCACUGUUUUGAAAAUAGAUUCCAAACCACCAGCGGAUAUCGCACAAAGAUUUAAUGUUUAACGUCGUCGUUAAGAAAAUGGUAAUGAGCUCGUAAUAUUCCUACUCGCAAUGAACUGCGAAUUAAGUUGUUUUACUGCGUGAAAAAGAGAAAAACAUGUUCUGUUUCACAGCGCGCAAACAGAAGUUUUUUGAUACAUUUAUAAUAAAUUAUAAUGAAAUACAGCUAUAAAUUAUAAUACGCAAUAAACUGUUGCAAGGAGAUGUCAAACGUUUCCCUGAUGUAAUUCUCAACGCUUAAUAACAACAUUUAUUUCGUUGACGUUCAAUGAUAAUAAUAAUAAUGAUAAUCUUUAAUAAUAACAUGUUGUAAAUAACAUAUAUUCGAAUAACAUCGUGCUUUCAUUUUCUUGCAAGACCGAAGAUUCUUUGGAUGGAAGAAUCACAACGAUCGUUGUAUUGUAAUUUAAUACUACGUGAAUUAUCAAUUACACAUCUCGUUCCUUGUGAUGAAUGAACACUCUCAACGAGUAAACUAGUCUUUCUAGGAAGUGACAAAUUUUCCUCUGUCAUACCCGGAAGAAAAUCGAUGAAUCACAUCAUAGCGCCUAAAUAGGUAAAGACCGAAGAAAAAGAAGGAAAAAAUGUCUCGAAGAUUAGGUGUCGUGGAACACCACCAGUUCGAGGAAUCACACACCUCUAAUUACGAGUAAAAUAAAUUGAGAAUAUCUUUAUGUCAACUUAAUCGAUUGGCCGACGUAAAUGAGUGACGCGGCGAACCGACACCGGGUCACUUUUGACCCAUAGCUGAAUUUUUACUACCAUCUUGUAUAUAUGUCUUCGUGCCAGUUAGAUUAUUGCCAGAUUAGUAUCGUGCCAAAUCCGCUGCAUAAAUAUAGUGGGAUAAAUGUCAUGAUACCUUACAUUUCGAAUUUCAAAAUCUCGUUUCUCAAGGCAAUUAUUCAUUUUUAUCGUUUUCUUAAAAA